AUGGAAUAGGGAUUGAUUUCUGCAUCUAUAUAAGGGAAUAUUAAAGCUCCUUUGAGAGUAUUAUUAAUUUCAUUAAUCCUAUCAAUAAUUGUGUGUUUUGUUGAAGCUAUAGUAUUUAGUGUAAAAACAUCAGAAAUAAGUAUUAAAUUUGAUAAAUUAGAUCAACAUUGUGGUUCAAAUUCAGCUGCAAUUGUUUAAGCAAUAUCAUAUUAUUUUGUCCUUAUCGCUUUAUUAGUUUUUGUUUUUGUCAUAAAUAGAUUGAAAAAAACAUACAUUUUAUUCACUACAAUCCCUUGUUUAAUUUUAAAAACAGUUUCAUUUAUUAUGAUGAUGACUUAAUUGAAUUACAUGUGGGGUACUUGCUAUAUUGAAGCCUCCUAAAUUUCAACUUUUAUCAUAAGUGAUUUUUUUUGGAUUAUUUUAAUAUUAUACUAUUUUAGUUCAUUAGCUAAAUUGUAGCAAAGGUUUCCAGAUGUAUUUUAUCAUAGUUUCAAACUCAAUUUACUUUUGGGUUAAUGA